AUGACUCUCGAGACGCACAAUGGGCAAAGGCAGUUUGUGCUGCCAAAGGCUCUCGCAGAGCCUGUGUCGCCUAGCGCAAGAGUAGGCUUCGUUCCAAAACGGGCCCAAAAGGCGCUAAAAGCAGGUUCAAACGAGCACAGAAGUUCUAUAACGCGUGAAAAUACGGGAAAAGCGCGCUCAUCUGCGCCCCUGUCGUUCGAGUCUUCGCUGACUGCACUCGCUGCCAGUACAACUGGCGAGCAUACGACGAGCGCCAACGCAUUCCCGACAGACGGUAUAUCUUUGACUAGAUUUUCCGGUCUUGAAGGCUUCGAUCGACCAGCUCAACUCGACCAUGCUGCUCGAAGCAUCGCACAGGAUGCUGCUCCUUCCUCACUGCUUGCUGACAUUGACCCCUCCACUCCUAUCAACUCUGCCAUUUUUAGACGCGCUAAUAAACAUUUUGUUCCUUACGCUGCCCCCCAAUCCAAUGCUCUGAACACGCCGAUUCAACCCACAACAACACCUUUGAAUUCGGCUCUCCAGAUUCAUCCAGGCAGUGUAGCCCGGAAUUCCUUGGGCACGCCGAAGGCCAUGGCUUCUGAUGUAAAGCAGAAUCGAGUGCUAAAUCUAGCUCCACCGUCUCGCAGUGCCACGCCGGCUCUUAGCCAGCAAGAAAUCGAGAGUCAUGGUCCAGUCGACUAUGCUGUAUUUCAUUCUCUGAUGAUUGCGCAAGGCAAAAAGGAGAAACUACUGAAACAAAAGGAUGAAACUUUGGAACAAUUGCAACAGCAUGUCCAGGAGUUAGAGGCAAAGAAUUCCGUCUGUGCCAACGAGUUGAACCAUAUCAAGCAGCAAACUCGAAAAUAUAUACAGGACUGCGAUAAACUUGUUCGCACCACGCAGCAAGAAAUGACCACUUACCGGCAAUCAUCAAAGGAAGCUUAUGACCGCUUAUUGGAAGAGACCCGAGCAGAGGCUUCCGAAUGGGCCUCGAUCAGAACCAAUAUGCGGGAAAGAAUAGAGGAUCUAGAAGCCCAACUGGACCAGAUUCAAGAGCAAUACAAGAAGGUGGCUCCAGAGCUGUUGCGAGAAGCCGAGAUUUCCAAACAUCAGGCGGACUUUUUGCGAGAUAAGCUGCUCGUGGCUACUUCUGACCUCGCAGAUGCAAAGAACCGUAUACAGGAGCUAGAACAUGGGUCUUCCCAAGAUAAAAUU